AAACAGCGGCGGCAGUAUUUUUGAUGAAAAGGGACUGGGAGGUAUAAACACGAAGUGUGAUCGUCGUUUACCGCGGCGGCCGCAAAAUAAUAUUACUAAUAGUAAUAAUAGUAGGACAAUAAAGACGGCAGCCGCCGCCUCGAUGUGGAGUGGCCACCAACGUUCCGACCACUACCCACAACAGACCCGAGCUGCAAUUGGCCGAGGAGCCGUUCGACGGGAGGGGCUCUAAUCCGCCUGUUUUGUCGGUCCCAGUUUAGAGGCACGAAUCCCACACAACCUAAAAGAUAUCUUGGCACGUAACGUGCUCACGACGUUCGCAUCAGUCCUUCUUAUCGAUCAUCACGCUUAACGUAAUACGUUCUUAAUUGAAUUUAUUUGUUAAUUGCUGCGGUUCAAAGUUGUGUCGUCUAUUUGUUGAGUUCGAUUAUGAUUUUUUAAUAUAAAUGAAGAGAAGUUGCGUUUGUUCGAACAAAGUUUAAUAACAUCACUAAGAUUGUUUGUACUUUUUCGAAUUUUGAGCGAGACAAUUUUUUGUGCGUCCCGUGUAGUAAAAAAAUCAUUCAGUGUCAAUUUGUAUAUUUUUAACUACUUCAAUGGUAUGAUCAGCCACACACAGUCGAAAUGAACGAAUCUGUGACUAUCUGCAGACAGCUACAGGCUCCGGUAUACCAUUACAGUAGUGUGCCGCAAUGUACGCCCGCCGAAGAUGGCACCGAAGCCCAACAGCCCGUUGUAACUGUGUCCGGAGCUACUUGGACACCUUACGGCCAGUCGGCUACCGCGACCGCUGCUGUGGCUGGUUAUCAUCAUCAUCACCACCAUAGUCACCAUCACCUUCAGCAACAACCGCAACAACAACCCGUUCAGUUGCAUCACCAUCAUCAACAUCAACACAGUCAAGAUGCCGUUGUAAACGCAACACUUCACCAUCAUCAACCGGUAGAUAGUUAUGCAUGGCCGGUCUAUAAUAGGCGACGACCGUCUUACGAAGAUGUCGUUUACCAUCAUCAUCACCAUCAGUCUCAUCAUCAACAGACUGUGGUUACGACUCCCGUGGCACCGUAUAACCAAUCAGCUACAACAGCUACGUGUUCAUCUCCUGGCACAUCUUUGGACGAACCGACAACCGCUUACCAACCAGCAAAUGAUUACAAGUAUUGGCCACCAAUACAACAUCAACCUUCUCCUCCAGGUCCCACUGGACGUGUUAGUCCAUAUGGGUGGAUGAAAAGAAUAGAAUAUCAAGACCGUCCUCAACCAGGUAACAGUCAUAAAUUAUUAUAGAAAUAAGGUCAA